UAUAUUCUUCCAGAAACACCCCCUCACCCCCCCAUGAUCCCCAAUAUCGUGAUUAUGAGUCAUGCCAAACAUUUCUCCGCCACAGCCCCAUGUGCUAACGUCACUUGCCGUACAUAGGAAUCUAUCCUGAUCUCUUCCCUUCCUCCAAAUCCACGGCCAGGAUCUCUUAUAAAGUCUUGCUUUGACCACGUUGAAGCCACCAUAUAUAGGAUAACCCUAUGCUCUUUUCUUUCCCUCUUACCAAAAGCUGUUCUCUCAUUUCUCCUCCACAUAUUUAAUUUUUGGCCAUGAGUGAAACCAUGUCUGGCCCCAGUGACUGGCUCCAAUUCUAUCAUCAAAACCUUCCUAAUCAAGUGACAUCUCCGGCCCACCCCGUGUCUGGGGCUCUGCUGGAUAAUCGAGUUUCUGAUGCCACUGUUGUCACCACCACCGUAACUUCACCUACAACGCUGAGUUCACUCGGCUCCGGAAGUUCUAUACCAGAUACCGGUGGCCACUUGAGCCCCGAGGGCCGUGUCUCGAAGCCCAUACGCAGGCGGUCUAGGGCUUCUCGACGAACCCCUACUACGUUACUCAACACAGACACCACGAAUUUUCGAGCCAUGGUGCAACAAUUCACCGGCGGUCCUACUGCGCCCUUUGCCUCGGGAGCGCACGCGGGUGCACCGAACUUUGGUUUUGGGUUAGGAACGCAUCAAGCCGGCCAUGUCAAUAAUCCUACUGCAAUGAUGAUGCCUCCAGGUCGUGGAUAUCACCUACAGCCUCAACCACAGCUGUACCAUCCGCAAAGCCAGCAAUACAUGUUUUCAUUAGGCAGCAAUAACGCACAUGCCGGUGAUCCUUUUCUUCAAAGGCUAGGCAGCUCAAGACCCAGAAACAUCGGUGUCUCCGAUGGUUUUGUGAUGGAGGGUGUUUCAUCUUCCUCCCAGGUUCCUUCUGCUAGGCCCCCUGGUUCCUCCGAUGAGAAUAGAACCAACAGUUACAUGUUUUGAUAAAGAUCACGGAAAGAAGAAAGUUAGGUACUGACUUGUUUUGGGAGAAAUUGUUGACCUUUGUAAAUAGAUAUCCUUCCUCACUUGAUAACAAUGUCGGCUUCACUUGGCUUUGGAUCCGGAGGGUUUGUUAUUUUUUUUUCUUCUCUGGUUGCCAUACAAUGGGCGAUUCGGGAAUUUGCUGAAGAUCAGCAGGCAAGUCAGGCUGCCUAAAUUUGAGGGAAAUUCAUGCAUGCUUAGUUUAUUUGGGUUUGUGUUUGGCUUUGGGACUUUUUUUUUUUUUUUUUUUUUCCCUCUCUCUCUCACUUGAUCAGCUUGUGAUGAAUAUUCAAUCCCGUUCGAGUGCAGAAGUUUUUUUUUUUUUUUUUUUUUUUUUUUGUGGAAUUUGGUUAAACCUUUUUUUUUUUGUUUUUUUACACCUAGCUAGCUCUAGCUACCAAUAUUGUACGAUUAUUUAAAUUGAACUUGGAAGCUUAUGAGUAUUA